AUGGCUGUGUCAUUAAAUAAUUCUAUUCAACCUCAAAAUUAUGAUUAUUUUCUUGUACUUGAUUUUGAAGCAACAUGUGAUGAUGAAAAAAAAAUUCAACCUUCUGAAAUUAUUGAAUUUCCUGUCUUGAAAAUUAAUGGUCGAACAUUUGAAUGUGAAUCAACAUUUCAUUCAUAUGUUAGCCCAACAGUUCAUCCUCAUUUAACGAAAUUUUGUACAGAAUUAACAGGUAUAACUCAAGAUAUGGUAACUAAUCAACCAACACUUGAUGUUGUUCUUCAACGUUUUCAUACAUGGCUUCAAAAGGAGAAUCUUCUCGAUCCACAAGUUAAAUCUAUUUUUGUUACUUGUGGUGAUUGGGAUUUAAAAACAAUGUUACCUAAUCAAUGUGAUUAUUUUAAAUUCGAACGUGCUAGAUAUUUUAAUGAAUGGAUUAAUAUAAAAAGACCGUAUAAUGAAGUAUUAGGUAAAAAACAGCGUACUGGAAUGAUGGAAAUGUUACAUGGUCUUAAUAUUCAACAUACAGGCAGACAUCAUAGUGGUAUUGAUGAUUGCAGAAAUAUCGCAGAAAUUUUGAAAGUAUUAGCACAACGUGGACAUGUUUUUCACGAUAGUAGAAAGAAAUAA